GCAAACCCAACACCCAUUCACACUUGAAAAAAGUUCAUCCUCUUCCUGGGCAGAAUGGCUUUGGCUUACAGUGUUUCUCAACCUUCUCUCUCCAAUCCAUUUGAUGUUCAGAAGAUUAAGUUGACCUCAAAAUUCGAUCAGAGAGAACCACAAAGAUUGCAAAUCAUCAACGCUGAGAAGAGGUGCUUGAGAUGCAACAAUCUAUACCAAGACAAAGACAACUCCCCAACUGCCUGUGCUUUCCAUGGCCACACCACUGGUAUGGAUUUUCCCUUCUCUCUCAUCCACUUAUUUGCUAGAUUACCUAUCUAUACCCAUUCAAGUUCACAACGAAGAGGACCCAACACUCAGUAG